AUGGAUCACGACGACAACGGGCCCCUGCUGGCUCUGUCUGAUGUCGUGCACGAUGAACCUCUCCCCGACGACCAUCACCACCAUCAUCUACAUACCUUGGCCAUCUCAUCUCCUUCUCGUCACCCAUCGCCUCCCGCGCCCUCUCCAUUCCAACACCAGCCAUCUGCGCAUGCAGCGCGCAAAGCUCAGCUAUCUCAAGACAUGAAUGCCAGACACCAGCCCGAAAACCCCAGCUCUAGCUUGACUAUCGAGCAACUCGAGCGAGAAAUCUCUUCCCUCCUGCACCAGAACUCUGUCGCCACCAUGAAUUCUUCGCUGCACCGACUUGGCGACGGACACACCGCCGCUCAACCCAUUGACCUCUCCGACGGACCUCACGACUCUUCUGACGCCCACGACGCCCACGACGCACACGACCCCCACUCCAAUCUCACGGAAGCACUCGCCGGCAUGUUUGGAAUGAACCUGAGCGGGUUCGCGGCGGUCCUUCAGGCGGCACACGCACACGCGGCCGCGGAGGACGAGCAGUCAGACCUUGCGCGGCAAAGGAAGGAGGACGAGUACGAGACGCGGACGCGGAACGCCCCUGCAUUCCACUCGCUCACCGCAAGCGACGUACCGCUGCUAUCACACUCGAGCAGCCCGACGGACGGAUCGGAAUAUCUGUAUGACGACGAGGGCGAGAGCGAGCGGGAGGACGGGCUGGGCGGUCCAGGACGGCACCACGACUCGUCGUCGCCUGUGGAGACUCUGGGGAGUAGCCCUCCAUCGCAUCCCCCGGAGUAUUCGGGCACAGACUUGGACGACAUUCUGAGCCAUUUCACGCAGUUUGAUCGAGAUCCCUCGCCCGAACGCGACCCUACCCCGCCAGCGGAUCCGCAUGCGAGCAUCCAGCCGCCAUCCGUGCCUGCUGUCCCGCCACCGGGCGCGAAUAGACGGGCAUCGCCUCGUUCGCUGCAUAUCACGUCUUCCCCGCCUGCGGCCCCGACCCUUGCACUAUCAUCAACGCCUUACGAGGGCACACUCGCCACACAUGAGCAAUUGCAGUCUGUGGCGUCGACGUCGACGCUUCUCCCAACUCAACCAGCGCCAUCUGCCAUUGUCGGAGGGUCUGGCCUCUCCGCGGUAGCGUCGACCGCGACCACGGCCACCGCAGUGGCUGAGAUGAAAGAUCGCAGCGGGAAAGUGCAACAGGCACAUGCGUGCGACCAGUGCUCGAAGUCAUUCAGCCGACGGAGCGAUCUCUGUCGCCAUAUGCGAAUACAUACUGGAGAGCGUCCGUGGGUAUGUCCGGAGGGCGGCUGUGGCAAGACGUUCAUCCAGAGGUCGGCGCUGCAGGUCCACCUGCGGGUGCAUACAGGCGAGAAGCCGCACUUUUGCGAGUAUCCGGACUGCGGGAAGACGUUCGGAGACUCGAGCAGUCUGGCGAGACAUCGACGGACACAUACGGGCAAGCGGCCGUACCAGUGCGAGGACCCGGGGUGCGAUAAGACGUUUACGCGGCGGACGACGUUGACCGCGCACAUGAAGACGCACGACCCGACAUGGGAACCGGAUCCGAACAUUAAAUACAGCUUCAAAGCCAAACGGCCCAAGUUGGCGGAUCCGGCCAAGGACGAGCAGGACCUGGAAGCGUCUGUGCGGACGCUGUCUGCCUUGCUCAGCCAGGGCGACCCCAACAUCAUGUCCGCGCACGUCCCCUCCGGAAAUUCGCUAGAAGAGCGCGUUGCGGCGACCCUUACCGCGGAGCUCGCGGCGGCGCUUGCCCAGCAAGCUCACGAAGCAGGUGCUCAUUCGCAUAUGGGCUUGUACGACGUGCCGGAAGGUGAAGACGAGGACGAGGAGGACGAACCGUACUCAUCCGGGCCGGAGCGCGGGCCACCACAGUACCGGGCCGGCGGCGGAAGCCGUGCGCCGUCGCCCCUUCGCGCGUCCGGUGCGCGGGCGCCGGGCGACAACGCUGGCCCAGGCGGGGCUAGUGGGGAGAUACAGGUGAUGAUCGUCGAAGGGCUGGACGGGGAAGCGUUCUCGAUACCGCUGAGGGCGCGCAAAGGCAAGGAGCCGGUGGGCGCGAGCACGGGUGCGGCAACGGUGAUGACCGGGGUGAAACGGAAACGAUAA